GUCAUUCAGUGGCGGGUCCCGGGCGCGGGGCUGGCGGGCUGAAGGGAGGGAAAAUGGCGGCGGCGGCUGCGGCUGGUGCGGCCUCCGGGCUGCCGGGGCCAGUGGCCCAAGGAUUGAAGGAGGCGUUGGUGGAUACGCUCACCGGGAUCCUGUCCCCGGUGCAGGAGGUGCGGGCGGCGGCCGAGGAACAGAUUAAGGUGCUCGAGGUGACAGAGGAAUUUGGUGUUCACCUGGCAGAGCUGACUGUAGAUCCCCAGGGGGCAUUGGCCAUUCGUCAGCUGGCAUCAGUUAUUUUGAAGCAAUAUGUGGAGACUCACUGGUGUGCUCAAUCAGAGAAGUUUAGGCCUCCUGAAACUACAGAAAGGGCAAAAAUUGUUAUCCGGGAGCUAUUGCCCAAUGGGUUGAGAGAAUCAAUAAGCAAGGUCCGCUCCAGUGUGGCCUACGCAGUAUCGGCCAUUGCUCACUGGGACUGGCCUGAAGCCUGGCCCCAGCUCUUCAACCUGCUCAUGGAAAUGUUGGUGAGCGGAGACUUAAAUGCAGUCCAUGGAGCCAUGCGAGUGCUGACAGAAUUCACUCGAGAAGUAACAGACACACAGAUGCCACUUGUUGCUCCUGUCAUUCUACCAGAGAUGUAUAAGAUCUUUACCAUGGCUGAGGUAUAUGGUAUUCGGACCCGUUCCCGUGCUGUGGAGAUUUUUACCACGUGUGCCCAUAUGAUCUGUAACAUGGAGGAACUGGAAAAGGGUGCAGCCAAAGUCCUGAUCUUUCCUGUGGUGCAGCAGUUCACAGAGGCCUUUGUUCAGGCCCUCCAGAUACCAGAUGGGCCCACAUCUGACAGUGGGUUUAAGAUGGAAGUACUGAAGGCAGUGACAGCCCUGGUGAAAAACUUCCCAAAGCACAUGGUGUCCUCCAUGCAGCAGAUUCUGCCUAUUGUUUGGAACACCCUGACCGAGAGUGCAGCUUUUUAUGUGAGGACAGAAGUAAAUUACACAGAGGAAGUAGAAGAUCCUGUGGAUUCUGAUGGUGAAGUCCUGGGCUUUGAAAAUCUCGUCUUUAGCAUUUUUGAAUUUGUCCAUGCUUUACUAGAAAAUAGCAAAUUCAAAAGCACAGUUAAGAAAGCCUUGCCUGAGUUGAUUUACUAUAUUAUCCUGUACAUGCAAAUCACUGAGGAACAGAUUAAAGUUUGGACAGCCAACCCCCAACAAUUUGUAGAAGAUGAAGAUGAUGAUACUUUCUCCUAUACUGUUAGAAUUGCAGCCCAAGACCUAUUGCUGGCUGUUGCCACUGAUUUCCAGAAUGAGAGUGCCGCAGCCCUGGCUGCUGCAGCCACUCGACAUUUACAAGAAGCUGAACAAACCAAAAAUAGUGGCACUGAGCACUGGUGGAAGAUCCAUGAGGCAUGCAUGCUUGCCCUCGGCUCAGUGAAGUCCAUAAUCACCGACAGUGUGAAAAAUGGCAGGGUCCAUUUUGACAUGCAUGGGUUCCUGACCAAUGUCAUCCUGGCAGACCUCAACCUCUCAGUGUCUCCUUUCCUCUUGGGCCGGGCACUUUGGGCUGCCAGUCGAUUCACUGUUGCUAUGUCCCCUGAACUGAUCCAACAGUUCCUACAAGCAACAGUUAGUGGUCUUCAUGAGACACAACCCCCUUCAGUUCGAAUUUCUGCCGUGAGAGCCAUAUGGGGUUACUGUGAUCAACUGAAAGUCUCUGAGAGCACCCACGUGCUCCAGCCAUUCCUCCCCAGCAUCCUGGACGGCUUGAUUCACCUAGCGGCCCAGUUCAGCUCAGAGGUUCUCAACCUGGUGAUGGAGACCUUGUGCAUCGUUUGUACAGUAGACCCAGAAUUCACGGCAAACAUGGAAAGCAAAAUCUGCCCCUUCACCAUCGCCAUUUUCCUAAAGUACAGUAACGAUCCUGUCGUCGCUUCGCUGGCUCAGGACAUCUUCAAGGAGCUCUCCCAGAUCGAAGCCUGUCAGGGCCCAAUGCAGAUGAGGCUGAUUCCCACUCUAGUCAGCAUAAUGCAGGCCCCAGCAGACAAGAUCCCUGCCGGGCUCUGUGCGACAGCCAUUGAUAUCCUGACCACAGUGGUGCGGAACACAAAGCCUCCCCUCUCCCAGCUCCUCAUCUGCCAGGCUUUCCCUGCUGUGGCACAGUGCACCCUUCAUACAGAUGACAACGCCACCAUGCAGAAUGGUGGAGAGUGCCUGCGGGCCUAUGUGUCGGUGACGCUGGAGCAGGUAGCACAGUGGCAUGACGAGCAGGGCCACAAUGGGCUAUGGUACGUGAUGCAAGUGGUGAGCCAGCUCCUGGACCCUCGCACCUCAGAGUUCACUGCAGCCUUUGUGGGCCGCCUCGUCUCCACCCUCAUCUCCAAGGCAGGGCGGGAACUGGGGGAGAACCUGGACCAGAUUCUUCGUGCCAUCCUCAGUAAGAUGCAGCAGGCAGAGACCCUCAGUGUCAUGCAGUCUCUGAUCAUGGUGUUCGCGCAUCUGGUGCACACCCAGCUGGAGCCCCUCUUGGAGUUCUUGUGCAGCCUCCCAGGGCCCACCGGCAAACCCGCUCUGGAGUUCGUGAUGGCUGAGUGGACAAGCCGACAGCAUCUUUUCUAUGGACAAUAUGAAGGCAAAGUCAGCUCCGUGGCGCUGUGUAAGCUGCUGCAACAUGGCAUCAACGCGGAUGAUAAGCGGCUACAGGACAUCCGUGUGAAGGGGGAGGAGAUCUACAGCGUGGACGAGGGCAUCCGCACCCGCUCCAAGUCCGCCAAAAACCCUGAGCGCUGGACCAACAUUCCUCUUCUGGUCAAGAUCCUAAAGCUGAUCAUCAAUGAGCUCUCCAAUGUCAUGGAGGCCAAUGCCGCUCGCCAGGCUACCCCCGCAGAAUGGAGUCAAGAUGACUCCAAUGAUAUGUGGGAGGACCAAGAAGAGGAAGACGAGGAAGAGGAUGGUUUGGCUGGUCAGCUCUUGUCUGACAUUCUUGCUACAAGUAAAUAUGAGGAGGAUUACUACGAGGACGAUGAGGAAGAUGACCCUGAUGCCCUGAAGGAUCCUCUCUACCAGAUUGAUCUGCAGGCAUAUCUCACGGACUUCCUCUGCCAGUUCGCUCAGCAGCCCUGCUACAUGAUGUUCUCAGGCCACCUUAAUGAAAACGAGAGGCGGGUUCUGCAGACUAUUGGCAUCUAAAGAGCAGAGCCUUUCCACAUGUGCUCCUUCUCCUAGCCCAGCCACAAACUUCUGCAGCUCUGCUGGCUCUGAGAUGUGCUUUCUCAACCUAGAGUGGCCUCCUGACUCUUGGCCCUGGGCCUUGGCUGAGUGACACCAAUAACGAUUCAGAUCAGGCUCACCAGUGCUGUCAUUUAGGAAUGCUGGAACAAAGGACAUUUCUCGAAGCCCCCAUGAAGAUAUCCCGACUCUAGAACCUUUUUUCUCCCCAAAUGUGCCCCUACCUCUGCUCCCAGAGUCCUCUGCUGGGUAGUCCAGAAACAUCAUUGCCCAGAAGGAUUAUGUGUUCAUGGAUUAUUUUGCCCCACUGCAGGAACAUAGGAAGGCAUGACCACUCAGAUCCUAUACCAGACCUGUCUGCUCCAUAGGACAUCAGGUGUGUGCAGAUAAGGACACCCUUGAGAGGAAAGUAUGUUUCCUGCUCUCCAGCACAGGUGCUCUGGUUCUGGGUAGGAAAGAACGUAGCUGUGUUCAGAGCCCCCAGUGGCCACCUCCCUCCUACAACACUGAGGCCCCUGCCAGAGGUCUCGUCUUGUUUUUGCCUAGUUGCAUGACAGCCCCUCCCCCAAACUAUCUCUGUGUAUACAAACACAAAGUAAGCCAGAUGGCAAUUUGUUUUUCCUCUUUUAGGGAAAAGAAAUGGGAAAAACAGAUUUUUUUAAAGUCUCCCUGACCCACCUAUAUUUAAUAUGCCCCUCCCACACAGUCUGAUAUUCAAAGGUGUACCCCUUCUCCCUCAGGAAUCCUCUAAAGUGGUUAAGUUGUAGCCCUCAGAUUUGCAAUGUGUAUUUUUCUAGGAGAGUAAAGUAAUCUUUACAAAUGAAUUUAGUUCGCAUGGUGUAAGGUCUCAGCAGAUCUGCCUUUUUUUCCCCUUUAGAAGGAAAGUAAAAAUAAGGACAUAGGGGUUGGGUGGACCCCAUUUUGACACCCUGGCAUUUUAGCUUACCUAACUUGAAGUGAAUCUUAGAAAACUGGCAUUGUUCAAGUAUUUUUUGUUCAAGUAUUUUUAAGGGAGUUCCCUUAAUUAGGAAAUUUAGUCUGCUGUGGGUUCAAAGAGUGAGGAUAAGAAAUCCAGGGCAGAAAGGUAAAGCCCAGCUUUCCCUUUUUCUUGGUAGUUAGUGCCCAAUCUGGUGCCUCAUUUUAAAUAAGUACAGAACAGUUCUUUACGUUGGCGGGCUCAGAAACAGGAAAUUGAAUAUAAGUGAAUUUAAACCUCAUUCCCAAGGAGAGGGCCCCUGGCAUGGCAUUUACUCUUCCUGCCACUAGGUGUUCUUGGUGUGCAACUCCCACGACUGAGUCGGGACUGAGUCGGGUGGGACGUCUGUUAAAGUUACUAUCUUUGAAAAGCCUGAGGGCGUGUGUGUUCACAGUGUGUCUGCUGCCAGCCAGGUUCUAAAGCUAAUACUGCCUGUGCCCCAUGAGUUGGGAGAGUCACUAAUACUGGGGAAAUGAUGGCAGCCCUAGCCAGUCAGUGCUCAGGAAAACCACAGCCUGAGCCUUAGAGACGCCAUAGUUGAUCUCAAAGCAGUGCCAGUUGGAUUCAGUGCUAAAGGUUCUGUAAGACCAAACCAGCCCUUAAUUUUGGCACAGAGAGUGGCCUCAUGCCCGGCAGCAUUGAACCAGUGAGUUUGGGAAGACUUGGGGAUCCCGCACAGAGAUAGGUGUGAUGUGGGCUCUUGCUGAGCUAAUUAGGAAAAUAGCCCGUAUCAAGUGCCAAAAAUGGCCCUUUGGCAAGAAUUCUCCUCCUGCUUUCUUGCUGGGUCUUCUGCCUCAGGAGAACAUGAGUUCUGAAGGAAAGGGUCCCAAAAUCACUUUAGGGAUUGCCAUGCCCCCUGACCAUAACUGCUAUGCAUGAGAGCAGGGGGUCAUAGGCCCCCUGGUGCAGGCAUUUCUUCAUGUUGGCAGAACAUUUUCACACCCAUCACCCCUCUGAACCUUUCCAGCAGGUACACAGUGGAUAUUCCCAAUUAUGUUGAGGAGAGUUGAGGGAAAUUACAUCCACUGUCUACGGGAAGAAAAGCUGUGGAGCCAGCUCUUAUUUUGUCUCUUUUGGGUCAUAGAACUAGCUUCAGUUUGACAAGGGCAGGCUCAUCAGUUAGGAGUUGAAAUUCAAGAUGAGGCAAGUUAGGGACUAGUAAGCACUUGGCUACUCUUAAGAUACUCCAGGUCUCCUGACCAUAGUAAAUAGCAACUAGGGUACCACGGGGUUUCCCAGGAGUUUGUUGAGCUCUUAGUCAAGAGAAAGGAAAAGAUAGAAGAAUAUUAGAAGACAGAAACAGAGGUAAAGUUUCCCAUUAUGAGUGUGAGCCAAGAAAUGACUCAAGCAGAUACAAACAUCAUCACUGUGUUUAAUAGGUACUCGUUACAACUUAACAAGGGAUGCCAAACUGGCUUCUUGGUCUAGUGUGUUAACAGUCUAGAUCAAAUCUGGACACAGGAAGAUUAGAACAUGAAGGAGAUAGAGAAGCUGGUAACUGGCCACCAUUAGACCACAGAUUCACCCAUUGUGGGGCGAUUUAUGAUGCACCUCAGGGCCCCUGGCCUCUCCUUUGUUACUUUGUUUGACAGAUAAGGGUUGUGUUGUUCCUAUGCCUUACUCAUUCUAAAAAGAAAACUUGAAGCCAUGUAUGAAAGUAGUACUCACUAAGGAAGAGAUGCUAUGACAUUUUUUUUAGAGAACAGGAAAUCCCUGGGAAGGAUGAUAAUUCUACAAGCUAUAAAGAAGGGCAAAAACUAAAUGGAAAGUUGUUUCAAUGUGGAUUGACAUGUACUCUUGAAAAAAAAAGUUGAGGAUUAUAGACUAUAAAGUGUUCUGUGUCUGGAGUGUUCGUGCUAUCAGGAACUGGAAAGGUCUUUUAAAAGCUCCAUUGUAGCCCCGGGCUGGGGUUGGAGACACACAUGGUCCCAAGUAACGUGUAAGAUCAUCUCAGGUUCCUGUGCCUGCUGUUGCCAUCCUAGAAUGCUGUUCCAUUGUGCUCAUCCAGGAUGCUCCUGACAGAUGGAGCAGGAGGAAGACCAUGGAGAGAACCUAAACUGUCAAGGGAGAGGAGCAUGGAGCUGAGAAGACUCAGGGAAAACAAGAUACUGCUGUGGAAAAUAAAAGCAUACCGUGAAAGAUGCUAUACUUCACACCCCAGCCAAGCAGACCUACGACCAAUAAGUAGAGAAUAAACCAAAAGCCAACUUUUCUAUUUUGUUUCUAUUCUGUUUCAGCAAAUGUUAAACUUCUGUUACAUGCCAAGCACCUGCUAGAUGCGGGAAAGAUCUGGCCCUUUCCCUCGAGGAGGUGGUCUGGUAGGUGGUCAGGAAUAAAUAAUGCCAAAAAUGUGGGGAAUGCUAUGAGAGAAUAAGUACUGGGUUCAGUCCCUACUCCCCAAAUAAGGGUAUGGUCAGUGGUAAUAGGGGAAGAAGUUAGGUAAGAGUGCGUGGAGAAGCUGACCCUUGAACUAGUACUUACAAGGUGGCUCACAACAAUAACGGUUUCAGAAAUAUGUAUUAAAAGCCAUUUAUUUCAUUUACAGCACAAUACCUUAAAAAAAUACCUAAUUUUGUUUACCUCAUGUACAAAGUGAUAGAAUCAAAGCACAGAUAUUAAACAUUUCCUGCCUGCCAAAGGUCACACAGCACGUGUGUGAUUCCAGUCCAAACAGAUUGUGCUUUUGCCAGUUCUCUCUUGCCUCCCUGUGCAUAAAGUGUGGGGUAGAACAUUCCCGAGAAAAGCUUAAAAAGGGAUCAUUAGGAUGGAAUUGUAUUUUCAGAUCCUAAAGCAGAUUAAUAAAAGUUUUGGAAUUUAUGGAUCAUAGGGAUCUUGAUUAGAAAUAAACUGAAAGUGAGGGCCAGAUAGUAAAGGUCCCUUAAAGGCCUCCAAAAAGUGGGGAAUCACCCCCAAGAUUGUAAGCAGAGAAGUGACAUAAGUUUACAUUUUAGAAAGCAUUCUGGUGUUGAUCCAGAAGUGACCAGAGGGCGACCUGAAACCUGUGUAGAAGUGGCGAUGAAACCAUCAGCCUGGCAGCAGCAGUGACAGCCUGGCUAAGGUGGCAACUAGGGAUGGAGCAGAAGAGAGGUCAGUGACGAGCUGGCAAGGGAGCGUCAACGGGACCUGAUGCCAUUUC